GCUGGAUGCUUGAGCUCUGUGCUGGAGCCCACGCGGAGUGGCCGUCCGUGCACAUCUGUGGUGCACACCCGUGGUGCACACGCCUGCGUGUGAGUGUCUGCGUGUGCCUGGUGGGAGGCCGCGCGCAGCCUGGCUCAUGCCUGGUGCUGGGGCGGGGAGCUGUGAGAGCCGGAUGGUCAAGGAACAGGCAAACCCCACGGGGAGACGCCGACAGGCAGCACCCGCAGUCGCUCCCGCCCGCAUGCUAAGAGUGGGUGCUGAGAGUGACGCCCUGUUUCCCCGUGGCGGUGGCUGGGCCCCGCCUCAGCUCUUGGCGCCAGCCCCAGGGAGGUGAUGGCCAUGUCACAGUGGGCAGCGGUGGCCGUGUCACUGCGAUGUCACUGUGCCUUUGUGAGACGGGCGCCCUGGCAGGUAGAAAGGGAGCUGCUCCCAGAGGCGGGGGAGCAUUUGGAGGAGAACCCAACCUCGGUGCUACUGGGCAGGGGUUUGGAGAGCAGUCACCAACGACCUGUCCUGUGUCCGCCGUGCAGCGGAAGGUGCCCGACGGAGAAGAGGAGGUGAGGGCCGAGUACGCCCACGGUCCCCGCAGCCCUUGGCUGGGGGUCUGUGUGUGUCUGCCAGCGGCAGGGGGAAGGCAGCUGCCUGGACCGAGGCACGUGUGCUGCUGGGGCUGGUGCAGCCAUGCUGGCAGAAGCGGUGAAGGAAGACCUCCGCAUGCUCCGGGAGCGCCUGGCCCAGUGUUCUGCGGAGUCCGUAAGGCACAAGGAGCUGCUGCGGUGUCUGGUAGGUGUGGAGCGUUCCCCUUGCCCCCCGGGGCUGGGGCUGCGAGAGCUGAGCCCCUGACCCCUCCUUUGCCCACGCAGGGGAAGAAGCAGCAGGAGCUGAGGGAAGCCAUGGAGGAGCUCAGGAGAGAGAACUGUGAUGUGGCGCGGUGUUUCCGAAACAACCGCCAGGAGCUCCAGGAGCUGGAGGGGCUGGUGGCCCAGACAAAGGAGCACUUUCAGAUGGAGAACGGGGAGGCAGGCGUGAGCGUGGAAGAGGCGCAGAAGGUAGAGGGGAGAAGGAGGCCCGUCCUGACAGGGUCAGGGAGGGGGGUGCCAGUGCUGGGGCCGUGCAGCCCAGCAGCCGCAGCAGUGGUGUGGCUGGGGAGGACCUUUCCUUUGGGCCUCGAUGGCAUCCGUGAUGGAGGGCUGGGGCCUCUGGAUUGGGAGGGGGGUGCCGGGUAGUCUGGCGGUGGGCCCUCGCCGGUGCCACGGGGGUCCUCGUCCAGCCCCUGCCCCUCCUGGAGAGGUUCCUGUUCCCCUUUCUCUCGCAGGCAGACCUCUUUCAGGGAACGGCAGGAGGAGGCACAGCAGUGCCGGAGCUUUUCAAGACGGACCAGUGGUCAGAGCUGACAAAAGCUCUGCAGGAGCAAGUUGAGGUCAAGAAGCUGCUCAGGAACAAGCUCCAGCACCUCCAGGAGAGACAGGAAUGCCUGCGAGAGCCAAGAGCUUUGUGAGUGGCAACGAGUCCCUGACUGAAACCUGUGGCAGCGGGACGGGGGGGUGCUGAGCAGCUGAGGCUGGGCAGCACCCCGGCUCCCUGUUGGCCACCACCCGGGGGGUCGCCAUGCCGGCCGAGGUCUCUUCUCACAGCCCAGAACCCCAUGGUUUCCGUAGCAGGGGGAAGAAGGUGCAGGCAGAACCACCAGAGGAGUCGCUGCUGCAGGAGAUGGUGGCCGUGCAGCUGGUAGGACAGACAAGCCCGCUGUGGGCCUUGGGGAGGGAAGGGUCUGCUCUGUGCCCGAGGAACAUGAGGGCACUGGUCUCAGCGGGGACGAGGGAGGGGCUCUGAGCCCCCAAACCUCGGCCCCCUCGCACACCCCAACACAUGUCCCUGCUGUGCCUUGGCCUGUAGGAGGAGCAGCUGGCGUCAAGGAGGCAUGGCAUCACUUCUUGGCUGAGGUGAGUUGCCGGGGGGGGCUCGCGGUGCCGUGGCUCUUCGUAGGCAGUGGGGUGCCCGUGCCAGUGGUCCCAAGGGCAUUAGGCAGCUUGGGACUUCUCCGGGAUGAAAUGUUUCAGUAUGUCUUUUCUUCCUAGCUUGGGGGGCGCGUAAGGGGGGCAUUUGGGGGCCCACUGGGGAGACGGACAGUAGAGCUGGGAGAGGUGCCCGGGCCCCUCACUCCAGUCCUGAGCGGGGAGUGCUGUGCCCGGCACGGUGCAUGGUCCCACAGUGGCAUUUGAAGAGGGUGUUUGGAAAGAGCGGAGGCAAAUUGGGCCCCUGCUCUGCCUGACCCCUCUCCUGUCCCCCAGGAGACUUCUUCUGUUCCUCGCCUUCCUCCAGAUCGCCAUCCUCAUCGUGGUUGUGCUGAAGGGAGACAUCCUUGACUGGGUCCUGCCACCAAAGCUGGCGGCCGCCUUUGGGAGCCGCCCAGCGAGGUCCCAGCUCUUCUGAGAUAAAGCAGG